ACGACGUUUAAAUUCAAAUUGAUGAAGCCAUUCCACCUGAACAGUGUCAGUUCUCAACGGGUGCUCGAUGGGUAAUCAUGGAACAAAGGAUUGUAAUUCUGGUGGUUUUGCUUAUAGUGGCCUUCCUAGUCUGCAGUGUAAGAGGAGUUACUACUCACGUGAAUUUGAUCGUAAUACAAGCUAAAACUCCCUUAGGAGGCUCCGUUUGUUAAAAUGACUAAUGCGGUGUGCAAGUCAUACAAUCAAUCGUGGGUGGUGGUGCAUUACUGCCGCCUGAAGGCCUAUUCCCGAACCAAGACCAGCCUGAACAUCAAUGCCACCUUCAUAGAGCCAGCCAAGGAGAUAUCGGUGCAUUUCAAGAUGAUGAAGAAGGCCAAUGGGUAUAAGCCCUUCUUGUACGACUAUACCUUCGACGCCUGCGAAUUCAUGCGAAGGCGCCACCAUCCAGUCGCCAAAAUUGUUUGGAACUUUAUCAGGAACGUAUCCACGGUCAAUCACACCUGUCCCUAUGUGGUAAGAUUGAAAAUUGUGGGCCUUUUAGUUUAUACUUAUGAGUAUUUCAGGGAUUGCAGGCGGUAAGCGACUUCCAUCGCAUUGAAGUUCCUGUACCACUGCCAUCUGGGGAAUACGUAAUCUUUCUGGACUGGUUAUUCGAUUUGAGGCCGCAGUUUGCCACGAACGUAUAUUUCACCUUUGUAGAGGAACAUUGACUGACUAUCGGAGAUGUCAAGAGGAUUUGAUCGGUAAUUGUCUUUAAAAGCGUAUUGGCUGGUUGAAUUUGAUGUUAUUAAAAUAUUUAUUAACUGUUUUAGAUCGAUAUUUAA